AUGCCACAGUUUAAACCAGAAGUUAUUGCAGAGGAUAAUCCAGAGAAAACUGCUGCCUCUGUGUGUGGAGAUUUUUAUCUCACCGGGGACAGAGGCGUUAUGGAUGAAGAGGGAUAUGUCUGGUUUGUUGGAAGAGCUGAUGAUAUCAUUAACUCUGCUGGGUAUCGCAUUGGCCCAUUUGAAGUGGAGAGUGCGUUGAUUGAGCACCCAGCAGUCUCAGAGGCGGCUGUUGUCAGCAGUCCUGACCCAGUGCGAGGGGAGGUGGUCAAAGCCUUCAUUGUUUUAGCUCCUGCUUUUGUAUCACAUGAUCCAGAAAAAUUAAUUCAUGAGCUUCAACAGCAUGUCAAGAAGGUGACUGCACCAUACAAGUAUCCAAGGAAGGUGGAGUUUGUUCAGGAUCUGCCAAAGACAGUUACUGGGAAAAUCCAGAGAAAGGCUCUAAAGAGCAAAGAGUGGGCAAAGCUAUAAAAAGAGCAAGAGUGAUCUGGGAAAUGAGGGAAGAAAUUCUCCAUCAUGUGUACCAGCCAUAACACAAGACAGAGAGCAGGUUGUAUAAACCCAGAGCAGAAUGAGACCAUCAGGAAAAACAAACUGUGAAAGAAAAAGGAGAAAACAUUCUUUAGGAUAUGUGGUAUUGGAGCCACGUUUGCCAUCAACCUACAAAUGUUUGGAAGGAAGUGCAAGUAAUUCAAAUGGGAGAGAGAAAGACUCAAGUUCAUACAGAGGUCUAAUUUAUUUUUACUGCAAUUUGUAUAAACAUCUACCUUAAAAAUGGGUGAAACUACAGGGCUUUGAACAUUAUAAAUAAAUGAGAAAUUAAUAAGAAGAUAUGUUUGUCCUGAGGUGGGUAUCAGCAAGUAAUCAACAUCCAAAACCUACCAUUGUAAUAUUGUCAAUUUUUUUCAGAGUGGAAGGAAAAAAAUGCAUUUCUUUUUAAUGCUUCUCUUCAUCAUGAUGAAUUUGUGAUGUACUUAAAUGGUUAAACUGGAGGAAAAAAUGCUUUAGGUUAAGGUGCAAAUGAUGCACAAUUAACAAUGGUGUAAAUGAUUACAAGAAAAAAGUUACUCCACAGAAAGAUCUCUGCUGCUUGGUCUGUUUUCUGCCACAUUCUGUUCUCAUUACUCCAGAAGAAGUGUGCAGUAAAGUCAGAAGAGUUUCACUCCAAAAGCUUUAUGAAGGAGUUUCCAGGUUUCACAUCUCCAGGGAACAGCUGAUCCUUACAGUGUCUCUUAUGGGAAACAUGUCCUAACAGGUGAGUGAAAUGAAAGAAGAGGAUCUCCCCCAGCAGCUCCUGAUCUUUCCUGUCCACAGCAGACAGGUGAGGAAAAUGUUAUUUAUCUGAACUCCUCGUGUUGAUGAUCACUGAGCAAAGCAAAUGGUAUUAAAUCAGGAAUAACCAGUUUUGAUUCUCACUUCUCAUUCUGAGAACUUUUCCAUUACUGGGUCUUUUCCUUAGUUUCCUUAGUUUUCUGUCUUCAUUUUCACCUCUACAUUUGCAGGUGAGAAAGUGCUAAGAACUUGAAGGUUUACACAGUCUUCUUGCAGAUGUUGUUGCAGAGCACUUGGGAAUCCCAAACUCUAAAUGUGUUUCAUCUUGUCAGUCUUGAAUAUCAUUUCCCUAAAUAUUCCUAAAUAUUGUGUCCCUCCUCUUUCUCUCAUAGGCUAUUAUGUAUAUUUUGUACACGUAUAUUACAUUUGUCAUUGUAAUGCUCUGAAAUAUGCAAGUUACAGCUAAAUGAGAGAAUUAGAGCAGACCAAGAAAGGAGAAGCAUUUUCCUAUGUGAUUAAGGCUUGUUUACAACUCAUCAGUAUUUCUCUGCCACAAUGUCCAAGGAUUAUGCAGAACAUCAUGAAUUUCUGUUGCUUUUGACAAAAUAUCUAUCUGGGGAAAAAAAUGUGCAUCCAGAUUGUUUAUGCUGGCAGACAUCACUGAAAAGAUUACGUUGUGUUAAGCUCUGGGUAUUUGAACUCAUUUGCCUGAUAGGCAGAUUAAAUAUUACUGUAUAAGGUUCUACUAAGGAAUAAGGCAACAGUUCCGAUGUUAAAUAAGUAACUUUUCUUGAGAAGUAAAAAUUACCAAUGCUGAGACCCAUGCACCAAAGAUGUGAGAAUAAAUAGUUACAAUUGAAGACAUGCGACAGGGGGUAAAAUAUAUAGGCAGGUCCAUGAUCUGUUUUUUUUUCUUGUGGGAUGCCUAGAGUUGAAAGUGCUUGUAGGAAAUGUUUAAUAACAUCUUUUCCUGUUUCACCUAUGUGAGCAGAGGCAAAGAUUGCUCCUGAGAAUGUGUCUAUGGAAACAUGUGUGCAUUUGAAGCAACCAAAAGACACAUAAUGUGUAGCAUUGCUCUGCCAGAUUUGUAAUCUGUGAAGUCCUCUAGAAUUUACUCCUGCCUCAACAGACAGCAGAGAAUAUUUCUGGCAGCCAGAGCAUGUAGUGACAAUGCAUGUUAGUUUGUUUAUUAACUUCUGUUAGGAAUCUUGGCAAAGAAGAAUGAAAACAUAUAUGCAUGACAAAAUAGGGAUGCUGUUUCUGAGAAAAAAUAAAAAUUAAAAGUUUUAAGAAA